GCAAGGGAUGCUCACUCCUCCUCAACUGUGGCUGUGUGGUUGCCUGUAAGGGCAACUGUUGGUGCCAGCGAGCUGGACUUCGCUGUACCACAUUGUUCAAGUGUGAGGGGCCAUUUUAGAUUUUAUGGAUAACUGCCACUAGGGGGGCCGCCCCAACUUGUAUCCAUGAAUUUUUAAAAACCUUAGGCCUAUACCUAACACCCUGCCAAAAAUAAAAAAAACUUUUCCAUAAGUGCCCAAUCUUCAUGAAUUGCAUUCCAGCUAUACAUGCAAACUACAAAUCCAGUGAAACUAGGGCAUGUAAAUGAGACUACAGUUCUAACAGGAAGCCAUUAUUGUUUGUCGCCUUUUUGGUGUUUUGUUUAUUGGGUCAGAUGUUGUCUUCCACAUUACCUUUUGUCACGCACACAAGCUCCUUGAAAACUACUUUCUCACCUUGCACUCCUCAUUUUGCAUUUUGCGUUUUGAGUCGCCUGCAUGUAUCCAGUUACAGCUCAGCACUUCACACCUGCGACAGGCAUGUGUUAUUAGCUGCAUGCUGUGAGCUGCAGGCAACAUGAUUGGUGCUGAGUCACACACCCACAAACACACAAUGUCACACAUGCUGCCCCUGUGUGUUCCCAAGGGUGGAAGAACUACUGUCACCCGGAAAGACGAGUUGUUCUACAGUAAAGCAACAAGUUGUGUAGAAAAAACUUAAGUUAUGAUUAGAGUUUAUAUUGAAUGUAAACAGAUUUUUUUUUACAUGUAUCAUAUGCACAGGUUGUUUUUUUUUUUUACAAUAAUAUUAUGAAUGAAAGAAUAUUUCACACCAUCAUGAUUAUAUCAACCAAUUCUAUAAAUAAACACUCAGAAAAUAAUGACUAAAUAUAAAUAAUACAAAUGCAUAAAAUAAUAAUAAAUACCUAAAUACACAUCGGUUAUGUUUGUUCAAUAUCUGACCAUUAAAAUAAAGAAUAAAUAAAAAAUAAAUGGUUAUAUAACCACCCAAGCAUAUUUUUUUCCUGCUUUGUAAAAGGGACUUUAAUACUAACGAAACAUAUUUCGAUACCCAUAGAUUCUGAUGUGGCUAUUCUAGGUCCUUAUAAUCAGCCUUCUCAUGAUUAUCGGUUCUAUGUUUAAAUAAAGAGUUAUGUUUUCUCUGAUCUGCAGGCACUCCAUGGACGACUCAUUCAGGCCCUCCCCUUCUCUUUUGGCUCCCUGCGGUUCGCCAGUUCCUUUAAGUUUAAUUUAACUUAAUUAAUUAUGUCUAAUUGACCAGAUAUGUCAGCACCUUGUCUGACUGCAUAACGCUUAACUAAUUGUCCUUAUAAAGCAUGCUCUGUCAAUAACAUUUAAAAACAAUCGCUGUAUUCGUGGCUCGCUCUGCUCUUUUCCCGUCUUCUCCUUCUUCUCUCCGGCUCUCUUGUCCGUCCGUCUCCACCUCAGGCAGCCGACCUCGUCAUCGAACGCAACACAAAAUGCAACACGAAGCCCGACCCCUCCACGUUGGUGUUCGGCAAACACUUCUCAGACCACAUGUUAACCAUCAACUGGUCGCAGACAGGCGGCUGGGAGGCUCCUCAGAUCAAACCUUUCCAGAACCUGUCGCUGCACCCUGCCAGCUCCGCGCUGCACUACUCCAUAGAGCUGUUUGAGGGCAUGAAGGCGUUCCGUGGAGCCGACAACCACAUCCGCCUGUUCAGACCCAUGCUGAACAUGGAGAGGAUGCACCGCAGCGCUGACAGGAGCUGCCUCCCCCUGUUUGAUAAGGGAGAACUGUUGGAGUGCAUCAGGAAGCUGGUGGAGGUCGACCAGGAGUGGGUUCCCUUCUCGCAGGACGCCAGCCUCUACAUCAGACCCACCUUCAUAGGAAUUGAGCCAUCCCUCGGCGUGUCCCGGGCAGGAAAAGCUAUGAUCUUUGUCAUCGUCGGCCCAGUGGGACCUUACUUCGCCACCGGCUCCUUCAACCCUGUUUCUCUGCUGGCGGACCCUUCGUUUGUCCGGGCGUGGCAGGGAGGAGUCGGAGCCUAUAAGAUGGGAGGGAACUACGGCCCUACGAUAGCAGUGCAGAACGAGGCCGUGAAGCGUGGCUGUCAGCAGGUCCUGUGGCUGUAUGGAGAGCAGGAGGAGAUCACUGAGGUCGGCACCAUGAACCUCUUCAUCUACUGGACCAAUGACAAAGGAGAGAGAGAGUUAUUUACUCCUCCUCUGGAUGGCAUCAUUCUCCCUGGAGUCACCAGACAGUCUCUGCUGGACCUAGCCAGAUCCUGGGGUGAGUUUAAGGUGACGGAGAGGACCAUGGCCAUGAAGGAGCUGCUGGAGGCCCUGGAGGCUGGGAGGGUCCUGGAGGUGUUCGGAGCGGGGACGGCCUGCGUCGUCUGUCCUGUCGGCAGCCUCCUCUACAGAGGAAAGAUGAUCCAGAUCCCGACUAUGCAGAACGGUCCGGACCUGGCAAAGAGGUUCCACAAAGAGCUUACUGAUAUUCAGUACGGACGCAAAGAGAGCGACUGGGCGCCACUGGUCUGUUAAACCUGUGGCCGUAACGCACCAACAGUUAGUUCUAUGAUUCCAGUCUGGACGACCAGCAGCCCACUAAUGCACUCCUGCUUCACUUACCAACGAGGAGACGGACGCCUCUCUCUGUCUGUCCGUCUUCUCGGGCGAUUUUUACACGUUUCUUUUCUGAGUGGACUCUCAUAGGAUGAUGGUUUGAAUGUAACAGCUCGCUUUGGAAAGCAAUAUGAACAAUAUGCAACAUUUCUUUUAACUUGACACUACCAUUAACUUACGGCAAAGCAGGAAUAAAAGCCGUAAUUUAAAGGAAAAAAUGCAGCAGGAUGAUCAAACGUAGACAUGAGGUGUCAGUGCUGGUGAUAAAUAUAUACAUUUAAAUAUUAGACCAGCACAAUUAAAUCUUUAAUGUAAUUGGGUCAAAUUGUUUGAAGAAUACACUCCAUUCAAGCGUUUUUCCUCACAUUCACUUGCAUUAAUUCCUCAUGAGGACAGUGCUGAUAGCUAAUAGCACAAAUAUUCAUUAACAGUAGCAAAAAAGAUGCACAAACUGACAUAUUUCAGACGUAGGAGGUGAAAUAUUUGCAAUCUUAGGACCUCUAGGCAGCCUGGUUUCUCCUCAACAAAUGUAUUAAACUGUAUCUGACAACAGGAAACAAAGUAUAUUAACAAUAACCCGUACUACUUGCAGCAAAUGUGUGGUGUUUUCUCCGAAACCUUUUAACUGUUACGUGUAGGACGUGUAGGAUGAUGUUUUGUUACUGUUGUGAGCGAGUUUAGCUGUUAGUUGUCGUGGGGCCACGUCACUUUGACACCAGAGUUUGCACUGACCUUGUAUCUGAGUGUGACGCCAGCUUUUUUAGGGAGGAAACCGGAGCGGUUUUAAUGUUUUGUUUGUGAAGACUGCACAAAAGAUUGAGAUUAAGAAUGAUCCGACUGUAGAAGAAAAGGACUGUUACACGCUGGCACUAGUUUUUCUGUGUAAUCAUUAUGAAAACACUGUAACUAAUGUUAUUUUAGAGGUUUUUAAAUUAUAUUUUUCCUUGUUUUGAUGUGAAAUUUGGCCGACUGUCUUCCAAAGUGUUUCACUUCAUGUCCUUCCCUCUCUGGUUCUCCUCUCCUUGAAUGUAUUUUUAUUUGACACACAUGCUGUCCACCUGUCCCUCUCUUCUGUCUAAGUGCCUGACCUCAGUCUGUCAGCUUCCUGUUCUGUGGAUCAUCAGCUGCUGUUUUGUUUGAUUUUUUCCAGUUAGUGCACUAGGGGAUGUAGCUGGAUUUUAUGAUUUGUCAGUUUAGUUAUUUUUAAAUGUGCUGUUACUUUUACUCAGCUGUAAUGUUUUUACAAUAAACCUGAGUUCAGUCUC